UACAAACCGCCAUUAAUUCCACACAAGGAGAAGAAACCAAUCUUAGUAACGGUGUAUUUUUACGUCUGUAAUUUUUAUUAUACGGAAUAUUGGAGUAGUUCAAGGUGCCUCUCAUGAUGGCUCUUAAGUCAGGUGAAGAGCGCCUUAAGGAGAUGGAGGCGGAGAUGGCUCUGUUUGAGCAGGAGGUUUUGGGAGGACCAGUAGCUGUUACUGCAGGAAGUCCUGCAGUAGCUGUUUCUGUGCCUAUAGCUGUACCUAUGGUCCGGCCCAUCAUUGGCACAAACACCUACCAUCAGGUCCAACAGAGUUUGCAGGCAAGAGCCGCUACAUUAGUUGGACCCCCGCCUCUUUCAUUUGUUGGCCCAGCUGUUUCUGCAGUCCAGCCUCCACCAAUGAUGCGACCUGCGUUUGUUCCACAUAUCUUACAAAGACAAGGCCCACGAGUGUCAUUGAUGCGUGGUCCUCCACCACAGGGUAUGAUGGCACCUCCUUUGCCUCGCCCUCCUCCCCCUCCACCUAUGAUGAUGGCACCACCAAUGCCUGGCCCCCCGCAGCACCCGAUGGCUCCUGUUGGACCACCAAUCGGGCCCAUGAAUCCAAUUACACAGCAGGUUGAGGAUAUGAACCCAGUGGUAACACCCCCGCCUCGGCCAGUGAAUCAGCCUCCACAGAAAGUUACCCCCAGCGUAAUCCAGGCAGCUCCCACUGUUUAUGCAGCACCGCCUGCCCCUAUCAGACCAGACAUUAGAAUGCAGAGACAAGCACGCAUGGAGGAGUUGGCAGCAUUGGUGGCUGAACAGCAGGCAGCUGUAAAGGCGGCCGGAUUUUUGGAGGUUAAAAAGGACAGCACCACAGACGACAGCGUAAUUGGCCCGAGUAUGCCUGAGCCUGAGCCUGUGCACUCAGAGCCAGCAGAAGUUAACACAGAGGAUAAGAAGAAAGGGAAACAGGAGAAGGUUAAGAAGUGCAUCAGAACAGCUGCAGGCAUAUCGUGGGAAGACUGCAGCCUAGCAGAAUGGGAGUCAGACGAUUUUAGAAUAUUCUGUGGCGAUUUGGGUAAUGAGGUGAACGAUGACAUUCUGACAAGAGCAUUUGCUCGCUAUCCAUCCUUUCUGAAGGCCAAAGUGGUGCGAGAUAAGCGCACUGGAAAAACCAAGGGCUACGGCUUUGUCAGCUUCAAGGACCCCAAUGACUAUGUUCGUGCUAUGAGGGAGAUGAACGGUAAAUAUGUGGGCAGCAGACCCAUCAAACUGCGAAAGAGCACAUGGAAAGAUAGAAACAUGGAGGUCGUACGCAAGAAGCAGAAGGAGAAGAAGAAGCUUGGGCUUAGAUAAGCUUUGAGAGACUGACUCAAAAUGUGUUGUGUGUGGGAUGGAGCGUGAUUCGUCUCUAUCUUCUGCUACACACCCACACAACCUCAGAGAAACAAGGACUAUGGGGAAUUUAGGAUUUUUAUUAGUAUUCUGUACAUAGCCACAGUAACAGGUGGUAGUUAUGAACCUCUGACUUGAAGUGAAAAGUUUUGCCAGUCACUAAACUUCCAACGGCUGCAGUGCUGUGGGUUUUCACUUUAGCUGCAUUCACCAUUCAGCAGAAUGCACUGAUACUUCAUCGGUUUUAUUUUGUUUGUUGGUCUUGUUGGCCAACUAAACUGCAAAAAAGAUUUCCAAACACACUAUAUGGCCAAAAGUAUAAAGCCACUGCAUCUGAUAAAGUUUGACUUUUAUUUAAUGAUGUUGCUAACCAGUGUUUACAUUCAGUUAUAUAACAAAUGCCAUGCUUUAACUUUUAGUUUGGGGAAAGCCCUUUCUGUUCCAGCAUGACUGUAUUUCUGUACACAAAGCAAGAGCCAAAAAAUACAUGGUUUGACUGAAUUGGCACAAAUUCCCACAGACACACUACAAAUGCUAGUGGAACGCUUUCUUAGAAAAGUGAUGGCUAUUAAAGCUGUAAAGGAGGUGAGAUUACUGUAUGACAGCCCAUGGCUUUGAAAUGUGGUAUUCAACAGUCUCAUGGUAGUGUUGACAUACUUUUGGCCAUAUAAUGAAUAUGAAGAUGACAAGAUUUUGGUCUCCAUUGAUGCUCAGAGAACACACAUGGAAUAACUGUUUUAUUGUUGGAUUAACAAUAAUGCAACACUUUAAUAAACAUUUUUACAAGA